CCGCGCUGUCCCCCCCAUCUGAACUCAGUGCGCUGCUCCACGGCAAACUCCGCGCGCUGCGUGCUCGGGGCCGCGCCAGCCCGGGUGGCCGCGUGCAGGGCGCAGGGAAGUGAGCCCAGCAGGGAAGAUGGAGCUGGCCACGCGCUCCCAGUGUCCCCCAGAAGCAAGUCAUUUGCUCUGUUCAGACGCCAGUAGCAACUUAAUGAAGUCACUGAGAGCAGCUGUCCAGAUCCCCAAAGAAGUAGCUGACAUCUUUAAUGCUCCCAGUGACGAUGAAGAGUUUGUGGGUUUCCAGGAUGAUGUUCCCAUGCAAAACCUGUCGGAGAGCUGUGGUAGUUUGGACUCACUGGAGUUGGAGAAACAGCAGAAUGUGUGCUUCCGUUCCAAAUACUUCACAGAAGAACUAAGAAGGAUUUUCAAAGAGGACACGGACUCAGAAAUGGAAGAUUUUGAAGGAUUUACCGAGAGAGAGCUGAACAUGAGCAGUAACCCAGAGCUCAUGGAGUCGGAGCUGAGCGACAGUGACAAAGCAUACUCCAUGAUGAGUGAUGCGGAGGAAGAUGAUGAAGAGGAGGCUGCACCUAGAAGAGGCAGGUCCACAAGAAGAAGCAGUUUCGGUCUUCGGGUAGCCUUUCAGUUCCCCACCAAAAAAUUGGCAAAAACACCAGAUAAAGAUAGCUCACGCUUGCUGGACAGUAAGAUGGAUCUUAGAAGAAAGAAGAGCUCCAGACAGUCCAAGGAAAAGGAGGACUCUGCUUCUGACGCCGAGGAUGAGUCCAGAGCUGAGAGCCAGGAGAAUUCAGAUGCUCUGCUGAAAAGGGCCAUGAACAUCAAAGAGAACAAGGCUAUGCUUGCUCAGUUGUUGGCGGAAUUGAAUUCGGUGCCAGAUUUCUUCCCUGUUCGGACACCACCUUCGGCUUCUAAGAGGAGAACACCACGACGGGCCUUCUCAGAGGGACAGAUCACACGGCGCAUGAACCCAACCCGGAGCGCACGACCCCCAGAAAAGUUUGCUCUGGAGAACUUCACCUUCUCAGCCACCAAGCUUACUGAAGAGCUUUACAGUUUCAGAAGAAGAAAGACAAUCAGUGGGGGGAAAUGCCAGAAGUAUAGACGUCACCGGAUAUCUUCUUUCCGCUCAGUGAAAGACAUCACUGAGGAAGACUUGGAAAACAUUGCCAUAACUGUGCGUGAUAAAGUCUAUGAUAAAGUGCUUGGUAACACGUGCCAUCAGUGCCGGCAGAAGACCAUCGAUACCAAGACGGUCUGUCGGAACCAGAGCUGUGGUGGUGUGCGGGGACAGUUCUGUGGGCCCUGCCUGAGGAAUCGCUAUGGGGAGGAUGUGCGGACAGCAUUGCUGGAUCCGAAGUGGACAUGUCCUCCCUGCCGUGGCAUCUGCAAUUGCAGUUACUGCCGGAGGCGAGAUGGCCGCUGUGCUACUGGGAUUCUCAUUCAUCUGGCCAAGUUCUACGGUUAUGAUAAUGUCAAGGAGUACCUGGAGAGCUUACAGAAGCAGCUGUAGAAGACAGUCGAGAGGAGAGGGAUCGCUCGAACUUACCAGGCGGAGUCCCACGAGACGAGUCUGCUCUUUGUGCCAGCCUUAGACGCUUGUUUUCUAGAAUUUACUGGUUCUACUGCUAUUGUUUUUAAAAAGAUGUUUAUAUGCUUAAAAAGGUUUCUCAGGAAAUAUAGUAAAGCAGAGAAAUCUGUAUCCAUACCUGCAUAGACCUGCAUUGUGACAAGUGUCUGCUGAAGAUUUAAAAGCACGGUUUGAGGGGGGCUGAGUUAAUGCUCAGGUAAGUUAUAAAGACUACCUUGUCUGACAGCUCUCGCCUUUGAUGUUCAGCUCCCCCAUGGUCACUCCCUUCCCGCAGAGGCUGUUGCUUUGCCUCCUGAGUGACCAUAGCUCAAACCUGAUAGUUUAUCCUGCUCUGGAUAUUAAAUUCUGGGUCAUUAGGAAUUUAUAUUGAAGAAUGUUACUCUAAACUACCAAGUGCAAUUAACCACACACUGUGAGUAAGGUGUCCUUUUUAUUAAGAGACAACAGAAACAGACACUGGAGGCCUCACUGUGCUUGCCUCUUCCUUCAGGACCUGCCUGGAGCCUGCUGCUUCUAUUUUUAAAAAAAAAAAUUUUUUUUUAUAGAUUAUGCUUUUUAUAGAACACUCACUGCAUUGUUUCCAAGUCUUAGGGAUACAAGAUAAGCCAUGGUGUUUUGAAUGGGUGUUGGGGGAAGCUAAAAUCAAUAAGUAUUCAUCCCUCUUAGGUGUUUAGUGUUUGGUCCUUGUGUACUGUGAUUACUCGCCCUCCUCAAAGAAUGGUUCUCUAACAAAAGAAUGUAUAUCCCUGUUACUAAAACAUGCUUGCUGUGUCUGGCUGGAGCUGGAGGGACGUGAGCUGUAAUACCAAGGCCGUUCAUGCUUCCAGCAGUAGAGCCACACCUGCCAGUACCCACUUAGCUAUCCUGUCUUUGCUCCUUAGCCUGAACGUCCACACGUAGGUGGGGCCUCUCGCUUUGGUUUUGUAGACGGGGCACUCGUAGGCGUGCUUAAUUUCUUGUCUGUCCACGGGCACGGCUUUGGCAAAGAUGACGGGCAUCAUGGACGUUAACUCCUUAAGGCGGGCAUCAACAAGGGCUCCUGACUGGAUGUCCCACCUGGCACCUGUGGCAGAGACAACAGUUGUGUAACUGGCAUGCGGGUUCUGAUGCUCUAAUUGUUCCAUGCAAUAAAUGUU